AUGCCAGUGCUUGUGCAGGUAACAAAUGCUCUGCGUUUUUUUGCCAAGGGUGACUUCCAGACUGAGGUUGCAAGCCUGUCUUCAGUGUCACAGCCGUGUAUUUCACGCAACCUCAUGGAAGUCACCAAAGCCAUCUGCAAUCUGGCACCAAAUUAUAUUCAGUUUCCGCGUGGAGAAGAGCUUCUGCGGAUAAAGGAGGAGUUUUUACAACUGAGUGGAAUGCCAGGGGUAGUUGGGCUUAUUGAUGGGUCACUUUUUCCAAUCAAAGCUCCAAGUGGCCCAAGUGAGCCGGCAUACGUGUGCCGUAAAGGAUACCAUGCCAUCAACGUUCAGGCCAUAGGGGACCAAAAUAUGGUUAUACGGCAUUUGUUGGCAAAGUGGCCUGGAUCCAUCCACGAUUCAUUCAUAUUCAACACCAGUGAUAUCAAUGCUUACCUGGGUGAGGGCAGGGCAAGUGGAUGGCUUUUGGGAGACUCGGGAUACCCCUUGAAACCCUACCUAAUGACACCGGUCAUGAAUGAGCAGACAGAGGCAGAGAGGAAGUAUAAUGUGGCACACAAAAGGUGCUGUAGCCGUCAGGAGAGGCUUUAUGGUAUAUGGAAAGGAAGAUGGAGAUGCCAUGAUAAGAGUGGGGGAUAUCUUCAGUAUUCCCCUGAGAGAGUGGUGAUGUUUGUGAAGGCCACUGCUGUGCUGCACAACAUAUGCAGGAUGGCUAAUCUCCCGGACCCUGAAAACAUCCCGGUUGAAGAUGUGGAGGAAGGCCAUGAUGGCAUAGGCCUACAUGAUGGUGCACAGACUGGCAGAACUGCCAGAAACAACUUAAUUGCACAUUAUUUUACAAGAUAAUUAAAGACAAAACAUUGCAGUUUGAUUUAAAAUAUUUAUUUUUGACAAUAUUAAAUA